AUGAUAAUGACAACCGAACAAUCUACUAUCUCCACAUCUGUUGCAUCAUCAACAUCACCAUCAAUCCAUCUUCCAUUAAAUAUUCAUGCAACAUUUAAUAUUCAUGGUUUUAAUGAUGGACAAUUUGAUUUUCUAAUUAACAAUUUGAAAAUAAAUGUGGCAAAAGAACUUUGUUAUAUAGCAGCACGAUUAUCUUAUGGUUUAGUUCUUAAUAAUGAAAUUGAACAUUUACAUCUUCCUAUUGUGCCUGCCAUAGCUACAGUUGAAUCAUUGUUGGAGCUCUAUAUUCAAGCUACGAAUGCUUCUAUUGAAGCCGAUGUUUUAUUGAAUCAACUCACUAAUCCACCAUUGGUAAUACCACAUGAAAUUGCUCAAACGAUAGUCGAAAUUUGCAGGAAUACACCUUACCUUAAAACAUUUUUUAUAUCUAAAUCUGGUCUUAUUUUAUCGUUUCCAUCAUUCAACAAGAAAAGAAAACGUCAGCGUUUGAUAAAAUUAAUGGAAUCUUCCUUAAUUAGAACUGCUAUUGAUAGAACAAUAGCAUUUUUCUCAAAUCCAUCUUUGUAUUUACCUGCAAUUGACAAAUUUAUUAAUGACUUUAUGUUAUGUCGUAGCUCCACAGAUGAAACAAAUUAUUCUCAAUUAUCGAUCAAUAAAAAAAUACUUACUGAAGAGAUGCUUCAACGGUGCCAUAUUGAAGUUGAUACUGAGACAAUUAAUAGAGCUUCUUUCAUGGAAUCUAAACCGAUGAUUUAUCGUCAAGAUGAAACAAUGCUAACUGGUAAAAUUAUUAUUAAUCAGAAGUGGAUUGAUGAGAUGAUCAGUGCAAAAGAAAAUCAAUUAGCUGCACAUGGUUUUUUUUGCUUUUGGAAAGAUAUUACACGAAUGUGGACAUAUAUUUACACCAUUCGUGAUGUUUCAACUUGGUUUUAA